AUGGCUUCUCAUCAAGAUCUCCAAGAACUUCUCCGCGUCAUCGCGGCCCGCAAGGUGCCCAUGAUGACGGCAAUGAGCCAAGUCAAGGCACUCCAGGCCGUGAACCUUCGCAGUAUCCAGCAAAUUGCAGAUGCGGAACCAGACGUGAUUGAGGACGCCCUGGGAGAUGCCAAAACGGCAAAGGCCAUUCAGUCGGCCUGUAAAGCCCAUCUAAAAAAGCCGAAUACCAAGCGGGCCGGAGGCUCACUUUCCAGAAGCAACGAUGGAAAGCGACCUCGUACAGAGAAGCCCACCGGCGAUGACGCCAGCGCCGAAUCGGCGCAGCAAGAUGCAGACAGCUUGGAGGAUUCCCUGGCCCUCCCGGUUGUCACAGAUGAGAACGAAAUCGCCGGCACUUCCGUGCAUACCAACCGAGCUCCGCUGAUGCUUGCAUUUGCCGUCGAGCUGUUGAGAUUCACGAUGCCUGAACAGCCUCUUUCUAGUCGCCUCAGUCUCGCACAGGCUGUCGUCAGCGCCAACUCGAGGUCUAAAGCGGUCAGUCUCGGGCUGGCUAAUGCUCAGGCAGAAGACGGGUCCUGGGGCGAGGGCCAGCCAAAAGUGACGGUCAUGGGCAGAAGCAUCACUGUUCUCAAACGAGGCGACUAUCAUACCCAGCAAGAGGGCGACACGACGGCGGCUACAACAACGGCAACUUCAACCCAGCAGAAACAGAGCAGUACUACUACCAAAUCGUCGCCGUGGACGACCAGCUCUCAAAUUACAUUCAAAUCAUCGACGUUCGUCGCCCGAGUCGCUAACUUGGAACAUCCAUCCGAGGCGACGUCCCUGAUCCGGUCUCUCCUAUCUUCCGAGCCCCAUCUCCAAACAGCGAGUCACAACGCAUGGGGCUAUCGAGUGAAUCGAGCCGUCCCCGGCGGUGGCGAGACCGGGGACGUACGGGAGGCCUGUGAAGACGAUGGCGAGUCCGGAUGCGGCGAAUUCAUAUUACGUCUCAUGCGAGAGUCCGGCGUGGCUAAUGCAGUGGUUGUGCUGACCAGAUGGUUCGGCGGUGAGAUGCUGGGUCCCGAUCGGUGGAGGUUGAUGAGGACCUGCGUGACGGAAGCACUAUCAGAACGGCUGAGACUUCCCCGGGGGGAAGUCGCACACGAUGGCGUUGCUCUGUGGGCGCUGGAUCUUCAGAGCAUGAGCAACAAUUCGAUGGGGAAAAGCAGUCAGUCUCGGAGUCGAAAUGACUGGAACCAGACCAUUGUUGGGGCCGCAACUCAUCGACCCGAGUCUGCGAGAGCGUAUCUGCUCAAGAGCUUUCCUUCGGAAGACGAGGCAGGCGAGCAGCCUGAAGAAGGCAACAAACCUAAGUCAAGAUCGAAGAAAACAUCCAAGUCGGAUUUGGAAGCCGAAAAGUUGCAGAACCUUGGGCGGCUGUUAGGCGCUCUCAGGUUACUAUACGAGAGCUGGGCCUCUCAUCUGACGCCAGUUGAGAUGGACCGGAGAGCAUGGACAUGGACGAACUCUGCGAAACCGCACCCUACUCCCCCUGCUCCUCCUCCUCCUCCUCCUCCGCCUCGGCCGGUCCCCGUGUCGAAUCCGGCGCCGAGAACGAAAGAUCUCGAGACCGCCGCAGACCUCUUCAAGCAACGCAAGAUCCCAAUCAUCGGCGCCGGCAUAGUUGCCCUCUCCCUGGGCGUCUACGUCAGCCUGCUCGUCUCGUCGUCUCUCUCCCAGAAAUGCCGAGCUUCGGAACAUGGAGAUGCGACCCCAACAGGCCGGCCCGCGGUCUUCACAAAAGAAGGAGCUCGCAAAUUCGACGACAGCCUCGACGGAUCGGAGCGUAUGAUGGGCAUAACAUCGCUCCGGCAGAAGCUUGCUGCUGAGGCAACCGGACAUGUUUUGGAAGUCGCCAUGGGUACUGGCCGCAACCUUUCAUUCUAUGACUGGAGCCGCGUUGUUCAAAGAGACCUCGUUCCCGAGGACAAGAAUGCCCCCGGAAAGCCGGCCUCGGCACCCAUGCUUUCCUUCACUGGCGUCGACAUCUCGGACGAAAUGCUCGGGCUCGCCAUUGAGAAGCUUCCCGCAGCCGUCCCCGAAUUAAAGGGCAAGGAACCGAUCGUCCAGGCGCAGAAAUCCAGCACCCAGGGCGACGUGGGUGUUUUUUCCUAUUUAUCAGACAGGUUGCGGUUCCUUCGGUCCGACAUACAUGAUCUUAUACCCGCACCGUCGGCUGGCCCAGGCAAAUACGAUACUGUCGUGCAGACGUUUGGUCUCUGCAGUGUCGAGAAGCCUGAGAAGGUGGUCCAAAACCUGGCCAGCGUGGUUAAGCCAGACACGGGAAAGAUCAUUCUCCUCGAGCACGGCAGAGGCUGGUUGGGCGUUCUGAAUGGGCUUUUGGACUGGUCGGCAGCCUCUCAUUUCGAGAAGUACGGAUGCUGGUGGAAUAGGGACAUUGCCCAAAUCGUCGAGGAUGCCGCCAAGAUCACACCCGGUCUGGAGGUUGUCAAGAUAGAGCGCCCAGGCUGGACCCAGCUGGGAACCACUCUGUGGAUUGAGCUCAGGGUGAAAAGCAUCAGCGGACCUUAG